AUGAAGGACCUUAAACAGCGAGAUGCCUCUCUUUUCCUGGAAGUUAGUUGCCAAGAUGAUUCACCAAGUCUUCCCCUGCACUCCUCCAUCGUCUUAUUCCUCUUGUCAUACUGUGAGUGCAAAUCAUUCAAAGUCCACCUGGUCUCCAGCAAUCCCCACAGCUCUCAGACGCUUCGCAGUCAGCUGCCAGAGUUCCUAGACGUGCGGGUCGUAGUGAUGGAGAGUCUUCCCCUGCUGGUGCAAGGCUGCCGCCUGCCUGCCGUGCUUGACGAGAGCGGGAGGCUUUGCAGGGCAGGACUGGCUGUGGUUCUGAGGCACAUCAUCAACAAGAGCAUCGAAACUGAGCCAUCCAGGAACGAUGUACAGGCUCUGCUGGGCUUCAAGAAAACCUGUCUCAAAGCCUGUGCUGAGGUGAGCAAGUGGACCAGACUCUGUGAAAUCGACAUCCCGUCCGCUGUUGAGGAGCACCUCCGAAAUCCCAGCAGCCAUGAGCCUUAUCCAACGCCCUCUGCCAUCCUUUCAUUGGAGCAAAGGCUAGCCGAGCCUGUCAAAGUCCACAACGACGACAAAAUCCGCCGACAGAAGCUCAAGCAGCUUAGACAAAACGGGAAUGUUUCCUCUGCUGAGAGAAGCGUGCAUUCAGACCUGGGUGAGGGACUGGAACUCAAAGCUGCUCUGGCAAAGCUGUCUAUGGCCGCAGCUCCGAUUCCGACCACUAGGGAGAGCUGUGAGAUUAGAAAAGUCAAGACCAACGACCUGCCUGUGCUGGAGCACGUGUUUGCUGAGGGGCUGUAUUUCACUCUGACUGAUGUGGUCUUGCUGCCUUGCAUCCAUCAGUAUCUGUCUUCCAUUGACUCCCAUGCUGCCAGCACUCUGCAAAGCCUACCCCACUUGCUGGGCUGGUACAGCCGCGUUCAGAAGGUCCCCGGGGUCCUUCGGGCCGCCGAAACCUGCGGGAUCAAGCUUAUCGUCCCCGAUAAGCUGCUGCCCAUCAUAGAUGGAACACCGGCUGAGAACAGCCCAGCAGGUCAUCUGGAGCAAGAAGAGGAGACCAGCAAACAGCUGCCUUUUGUCGGUGGACCCCGGCCCACUAUCACCAAACUUAAAGAAAGUGGCAUUGAAGCGGCCUUCUCGGAUCAUCCUUGCCCGGAGUGGUCGAUCCCGUGGGACAGCUUACCGGAAGCCAUCAACCCCACUGAAGGGAAAAUGUCAAACAUCCGCACAGUUAGGAAGAGGCAGCAGCUGAAUAACUUGGUUGCCAUGGUGACCCAACUAGCCAAACCAGGAUGCACUGUUGUUGAUUUCUGCAGUGGAACAGGCCACGUGGGGAUUGUUUUGGCCCAUGCCCUCCCACAGUGUCAGGUCAUUCUCAUAGAAAAUAAGGAAGAAUCUCUGAUCAGGGCGCACGUUCGCAGCGCUGAGCUCGGACUAGAAAACAUUGGCUUCAUUCAGGCCAACUUGGAUUAUUUUACUGGACCCUUUCAUGUCGGGGUUGCGCUCCAUGCGUGCGGCGUGGCGACGGAUAUGGUGAUGGAGCACUGCAUUCAAGCGAGGGCCGCCUUCGUCAUCAGCCCCUGUUGCUAUGGCUUCAUCCAGAACGCCGUUAAGUUCACCUUCCCGAGGAGCAAAAAGUUCCAGGACACGCUGACUUACAAGGAACACAUGAUACUCUGCCGCUUCGCCGACCAAACCGCUCUCCAGCUUCCUCCUGAGAGGCGACUAAUAGGAAAGCAAUGCAUGGGCCUCGUCGAUCUGGACCGCUCAUGGAGCGCAGAAUCACACGGCUACCGGGUGCGGGUAAUGACUAUGGAGCCUGAGACGUGCUCGCCGAAGAACAAUAUGCUGGUAGGAAGGCCCAGCUGGGAGGAUGACCGUACCUCAACAUGUGGGAGUCUUUAA